UUGGCCUAUGGCGGCGCGGGCCUCGGGGUCGAUGGGUCACGGGGAGGGCUCGGGGCGGAGCGUACGGCGCUCCCCGGCGCGGGGACCGCCCCCACCGCCUUCCGGGGGAGCCGGUUGUUGCCCGCGAGGCCCCCUGCGGCCGCCCGUUGCGUUCCUCGAGUUCGGAUCCGGCCGCGAGCCCCGCGUCUGGACGCGCGUCGUGCCUCAGCCCCCGGGGCUCGGGCGGGGCGAGCCUGGGGAGCCCGGGGGCCGCGCCUGUCGGGGAGCCGCGGCUGUGGGGUCCCGGGGCGCGUCGGGUGCGCGGGCGGGCGCGCGGGCAAGGGUGUCGGUGCGCGCUGUGCUGCCGCGGCCCGUCCCGGUGCGGCCGCCGGAGCAGGAGUCCCGGUGCGGGCCGGGCCCGGAGCAGGAGUCCCGGUGCGGGCCGGGCCCGGAGCAGGAGUCCCGGUGCGGGCCGGGCCCGGAGCAGGAGUCCCGGUGCGGGCCGGGCCCGGAGCAGGAGUCCCGGUGCGGGCCGGACCCGGAGCAGGAGUCCCGGUGCGGGCCGGACCCGGAGCAGGAGUCCCGGUGCGGGCCGGACCCGGAGCAGGAGUCCCGGUGCGGGCCGGACCCGGAGCAGGAGUCCCGGUGCGGGCCGGACCCGGAGCAGGAGUCCCGGUGCGGCGGACCCGGAGCAGGAGUCCCGGUGCGGGCUGACCGCUCCGCGGUGUUCCGAAGCCCGUGCCCGCGGCCCGUGGCUCCCGGCCAGGCACACCCCGGAGAAGGCGCCCUCGGCGCAGCGGAAGGUACGGCCAGCAGCCUCCGCCGCGUCGGCCGCGCUGAGCCGGAGCGACCCGAAUGGCCGCUCGGGCUGGGAAGAGUGGAAGGAAGGUCGGCGGCGUCUCCACGCGGAAGGACGACGCGUGCACGCAGGGCGCGGGGCAGUGCGGAGAAGCCAGACCGCCGAGCAGGCACAGGACGCCCCGUGAAUGCCGUCGGGCGGAAACCCGGUGCCUCCCGCACGGCACACCUGCUGGGGCUCCGGAAUAGCCAGAGUGACCGGGGCCGGACCCCGCCCCGGCCGGCCGCUCCCUCCCUGUGCGCUGGGCGAGCCACCGACUUCUCCAAGCCCGGGGCCGGCGGUAGAAGACUGAGGAGCACCAGCCAAGCCCCAGGAAGCGGGGGUCAGAUCGCCGGGCAAACCGUCCGCGCCGGUGCGACUCAGCUGGCAUCACUGGAGCGGGCGGAUCCUGCGUUCUCCCUGUGUUUUCCUUUCCCUCCCGGCACAGGCUGGCUCACUGGCACCUCGGAGGAGGCACGUGGGACCAGAGGAGCCUGUGGCCGACAGAGGCAUCCAUCGGGCUGUCGUUUCCAAAGCCCUCGGGUAGGAGAAGGAGCCGAGAUUGUGGAGUCCCAGAGCCGUGGUGCACUUGUGCAGUGCGUGAACCAACCGAAGGUCCCUGGUGGAAAGCAUGUUGCGUGGGGCUUGCUCUGGGCCUGCCCCCUGCCACGGCUCCCAGAGGCCACCGUGUAUGACGUGCACAGGAGCAACCUGGGCUAGCAAGGGGCCCGCAGAGGCCUGACACCGGAGGACUAGCAGAC